AUGAAAUCGAUUGACCAUGUCCAAAUCGAUUAUCAAUAUCCUUUCGAAGAUUGCGAAAUGUGGUUAGGCAAUGACCCACGGAGGACCAUUAAGCUCAAAGUCAACAAACGCAACGACAAUCACCCAAAUGAGACACGGUUACAAAAAUGUGUCCGGAUUGGUCAUCGCGAAAGCAGUGAACGUGCCAUCAUUGAACUGAUGGUGCCCGGGGUACAGGCAAAAUGUCCUUGCGAACGGCGCGCCUGCAGAAAUGCAUGA